AUGGCCACUGAUGCUCCUGCAGGAAAUUCAGGUUCCUUAUCUGUAGCUAGUAAUGACAAUAAGAAGGUGUCUCGCGAAGAUAUUGAACUUGUUCAGAAUUUGAUAGAGCGUUGUCUACAGCUAUACAUGAACAAAGGAGAAGUAGUUAGAACUCUUUCUACUCGUGCUAGAAUAGAACCUGGCUUCACUACUUUAGUAUGGCAGAAACUUGAAGAAGAGAACUCUGAGUUCUUUAGGGAUUACUAUAUACGGCUGAAAUUGAAAAGGCAGAUCAUCUUGUUCAAUCAUUUAUUGCAACACCAGUACAAUUUGAUGAAAUAUCCAGCACCUCCAAAUAUUCCAUUGGCUCCAAUACAAAAUGGAAUUCAUCAUAUGCCAGUUAGCAAUUUACCAAUGGGGUAUCCAGUACUUCAGCAGCCUAUCAUGCCUGCUCCCGGCCAGCCUCACAUGGAUCCAAUGGCCUGUGGUCUGUCCAGUGGUCAUGUGGUUAAUGGAAUACCUGCAGGUGGUUAUCAUCCAAUGCGCAUGAACUCCGGAAAUGACAUGGUUGUGGACAGUGGAGCACCUGAAGCACCACAUGCUGGUGCUACGGGUAGUGCUAUGUCAUCUGAGAUGGCUGUGAGUCCCUCAUCAGCGGCUUCAAGCAACCAUGCUCCUUUUAUGCCAUCAGAGAUACCAGGCAUGACCAUGGAUGUAUCAGCCCUAGACUCGGCAUUUGGAUCUGAUGUGGGGAAUCCUGGAUCUCUGCAAUUAGGACCAGAUGGCUCAUCAAGAGACUCUAUUAGAUCCUUAGGGCAGCUCUGGAAUUUCAGCCUCUCUGAUCUAACAGCAGAUUUGACGAGUUUGGGAGCAGAUUUGGACGUGCUGGAGAACUACACUGGCACCCCUUUCCUGCCUUCAGAUUCGGACAUUUUGCUUGAUUCCCCAGACCAAGAUGAUAUAGUCGAAUAUUUUGCUGACGCCAUCAACGGGUCUCCGUCAGACGAAGAGAGAUCAUAG